GAAGAGUCAAGAGUCCAAGACCAAAUCCUCGCCACAUAAACCGCUGCUGUUUCGACUGCCUCGCCAACUCCCACCAGGGACUGGGGAGGAAGACACAAGUAAUGGCUUUCUUUAGCUCAACACCCACAGCAUAUUUUAGCCCUUUCAGCCCUCGAAAUGAGAUUUCCCUUCCUUCCUCACCUUUUAAGCCCCUUAAACUCCCAUCCUAUUGGCCAUGGGAAAAGGUGAAGAUUGGCCCAAUGAGCGUAUCUCCAAUGGGGUUUGGAACGUGGGCAUGGGGCAACCAGCUUCUAUGGGGGUACCAGCAAUCAAUGGACACUGAGCUUCAACAAACUUUUAACUUGGCAGUGGAUAACGGCAUCAAUCUCUUUGAUACAGCUGAUUCUUAUGGGACUGGCAAGUUAAAUGGGCAGAGUGAAAAGCUUCUUGGGAAGUUCAUCCGGGAGCUUCAGGGGAAAAAGCGGGUGCAGGAUGACAUUGUGAUUGCUACCAAGUUUGCGGCGUAUCCAUGGCGCUUAACAUCACAGCAGUUCGUGAAUGCAUGCAAGGCCUCUUUAGAUCGGAUGCAGAUCAAACAAAUUGGAAUAGGACAGUUGCACUGGUCAACUGCAAAUUAUGCUCCCUUGCAGGAGUUAGUUCUUUGGGAUGGUUUAGUGGCAAUGUACGAGAAGGGUUUAGUUCAAGCAGUUGGUGUGAGCAACUAUGGACCAAAGCAGCUUCUAAAGAUACAUGAUUACCUGAAAGCCAGGGGAGUCCCCUUAUGCUCUGCUCAGGUGCAAUUUUCUUUGCUAAGCAUGGGACAAGAUCAGUUGGAAAUCAAGAAGAUAUGUGAUUCCCUGGGCAUCCGCUUGAUUGCUUAUAGUCCACUAGGGCUUGGAAUGCUUACUGGGAAAUAUACACCCACUAAACUUCCACGGGGACCUCGGGCCUUGCUCUUCAGGCAAAUUCUUCCAGGAUUGGAGCCUUUGUUAAGUUCACUUAGAGAAAUUGCACAAAGGAGGCGCAAAACCGUAUCACAAGUCGCUAUAAACUGGUGCAUUUGCAAGGGCACUAUUCCAAUACCUGGGAUUAAGACCGUAAAACAAGCAGAGGAAAAUUUGGGAGCUCUAGGUUGGCGACUUAGUUCAGGCGAGUUGGUGCAGUUAGAAAAUGCAGCUCGUGAGUCUCCCCAGAGGAUGAUCCAGAACAUUUUUCAGACAAGAUGAUUCAAAAGCCCAGGAGAGAGAGAGAGAGAGAGAUAUCAAAUCACUCUCAAGGCUUGUGAAGAUAUCUUCCAGCAAGUAAUGCAGCUUUCAUGGCAGCAGAAAUAACAUCAACUACCUCAUCAACGUGGCAUUUGUUCCCCCUAAACGUAUGGACUUUUGAGCUUUUGAAUUUGGCCAUACAGUUGAGGAGGUUUCGGCUGCACUCUUCGCUUAGAUAGCCCUCUGCCCAACAACACCAUCACCAUGUUAUUUCAUAUCAAAUCCUUAAUACCAUUUCAUCUCAAGCCCAACACGCUUUUUUAAUUAUAAGUAAUUUAUACUUCAAAUUGGAACAAAUUAUAAUUUAUUAUAUCUAUAUAUAUUAUGCAUCCCUAUGACACUUUUAAUAAA